CGCCUGCAGUGCAGUCUGCCACAUUUACUUUACUGGUCCAGACCCAAGACCGGCAAACGCGACGCGACGCAACGCAACGCCGCCCUCGAGCGCAACGACACCGGUCUCUCCGCCGCGGUGCCGCUCCUCCUCUCCCCGUCGGUCCAGCGGGGCGGAGAUCCACCCGCCCCAUUCCGACGUGGAUUGGUUUCCUUCUCCUUCUGUCGGUGAACUGCCACGGUGAGGAUAACUCAAUUAACUGUGAACACUACUGUGGGAUCUGUGGUGUGCUUUGCCUGUUUACCUUGCCAAUCAUCCGCAAAAUCUAGGAAGUGGGUUUACUAUGACAAGAUAGAACUCAAGCAAUCGGUUUAUGUGUAGUUUGUCAUGUUAAGAACAACAGUGUCCUCAGAAGUGAGAACACAUACACGGUGCACAUGCUAGCUGGCAAUAUGAAUGAUGGUGAUGUUAUUGACUUGAUUUCGGAUAGUGAUGAUGAUAUUAACUUUGAGGAUCCAAUUGUUGGUGUUAACCAGCAGUCAACUUCAGCAAACACAAGAUUCGGUCAAAAUGGUGGAGGGCAUCCAAUCAGGUUUCAGGACGAAGAUUGGCUGAAGAGCACUCCUGCCUCUUCUCGGCCUACCGAAAAUAGUAAUGGUCAAUAUCGGACCCUGCCACCAUCCUUUACAAAUGGUAGACAUACUGAGAGUGCCCGCUAUACAUUUGGUUCACGGGACAGGACUUACCCCCAUUCAAGUUCUUAUAUGGGUAUGCGACAUGAUCCGGCAAGGAGCCUUCCUGCUUCCGACAGAGUUGAUACUGUAGGAGAAAAGCACAUAAGUUCUACAGCAGAUGCAGAUGACAAAAACAAGAGGGUUCUUCCACCAUCUUUUUCAAAUGGCAACACAGCAAAAUCUACGCAUCCAAAUUCUGCAAGUGAGGCACGCAAGGUCCCACCACCUUUUACCAAUAGAAACUCACAAAUGGGAACAAAUAUUGCCAAUGGAAAUAUGCAGCCUUCAUCUUCAAGGAUGGCGAGCCAAAAUUUGUAUGCGAGUAACACCCAGAAAGAGGAGGACGGUGAUGAUGUUAUUGUAUACGGAGGUCCUAGCUCACACAGGAUACUACCUUCAUCAUUUGGAGUAAACAAUUUUAACAAAAGUGAAGUUGUUAAUGGUUUUGAUGCUCAAGGCCGCCUGAAUCCAGAAAAUAGGCUUUUGGAUUAUGAUGAAAGAGCAGUAUAUCAAGAAGCCUUGCAGAAUAUCAGUCGAGAAAAAAGGGAAGAUGAUCUGCCUGAGGGUGUGCUAACAGUAUCUCUGCUUAAGCAUCAGAAAAUGGCAUUAGCUUGGAUGGUUUCAAAGGAGAAUAGCUCACAUUGUACAGGUGGAAUUCUUGCAGAUGAUCAGGGCCUUGGGAAGACAGUGUCUACAAUUGCCCUUAUACAAAAACAGAGGAUUGAACAGUCUAAGUUCAUGUCGGUUGAUUCAGAUCGUUUGAAAUCUGAAGCACUAAACCUUGAUGAAGAUGAUGAGGGGGAACAAACUAUGAAUGAUGAACCCAAGAAGGAUCAAGGGGCUUGUUCAUCGUCGAUGGCUGCUGGUACUAGUGGUGUUAAGCCAUGUGUUAGUCAACCGAAUAAUGUUCCGGAUAAAAUGGCUGAAAGCAAAGUUGAACGCAAGAAGGCUAAAGCAUGCACAUCAUCUGCAUCAACCACACGGUCCAUGACAAGGCCAGCUGCAGGUACUCUAGUAGUGUGCCCAGCUAGUGUUCUUAAGCAGUGGGCUAAUGAAUUGACUGACAAAGUUAGUGAAAGUGCUAAAUUGUCUGUUUUAGUGUACCAUGGUGGUACGAGGACCAAAGAUCCAAGUGAGCUGGCAAAAUAUGAUGUUGUUGUCACUACAUACACAAUUGUGGCCAAUGAAGUGCCUAAACAGAAUGCUGAUGAUGACGCAGAUCAAAAGAACAAUGAAGAAUCGUCGGCUGGCAAUAAAAGAAAACCACCAGCAAAUGGCAAGGGCAAGGCUAAAAAGAAGAAGAAGAAACUUAAGGACUCAUACAUUGACCUUGAUAGUGGCCCAAUUGCGAGGGUGCGAUGGUUUAGGGUUGUGCUCGACGAAGCUCAGACAAUAAAAAACUUCCGAACUCAAGUGGCUAAAGCCUGCUGUGGACUAAGAGCAAAAAAGAGAUGGUGCUUAUCAGGAACACCUAUACAAAAUGCAAUCGAUGAGCUGUACAGCUAUUUUCGUUUCCUGAAAUAUGAUCCAUAUUCCACGUACAACUCGUUUUGUACAAUGAUAAAGCACCCAAUUGCUAGAAAUGCAAUUCAUGGAUAUAAGAAACUUCAAACCGUGUUGAAGAUAGUUCUACUGCGCCGCACGAAAGAAACUCUGAUUAAUGGAGUACCAAUCAUAAAUUUACCUCCAAAGACAAUUAAUCUGAAUAAAGUAGAUUUCUCACAAGAGGAGAGGUCAUUUUAUUUGACGCUGGAGGAACGUUCUCGGCAACAGUUCAAGGCAUUUGCUGCUGCUGGCACACUCAAACAAAACUAUGCCAACAUCCUUUUAAUGCUGUUGCGGCUUAGGCAGGCCUGUGAUCAUCCACUUCUUGUGAAGGGUAAUCAGUCGGACUAUGGAGGUGAUGGUUCUAUAGAAAUGGCAAAGCAACUUCCCAAGGAAGUGGUAAUAGAUUUGCUUGCAAAACUGGAAGUGGGGUCAGCGCUUUGUACCUUAUGCAGUGACACACCUGAGGAUGCUGUUGUAACAAUUUGUGGUCAUGUUUUCUGCUAUCAAUGUAUACAUGAGCGGAUAACGACUGAUGAGAAUAUGUGCCCUGCUCCUAAUUGCAGUAAAACAUUAAGUCUUGAAUCAUUAUUUUCAUCAGGAGCAUUAAGGAUUUGCAUCUCUGGCAAAUCUAGUUCUGCAAAUGCAAGUUGUUCAUCAGCAGAUGAUGAGUCAUCUUCAAUCAGUCAAAGCAGCUUCAUCUCCUCCAAGAUACAAGCAGCCAUUGACAUACUGAAUUCAAUCAUUAACAUGGAUGCCCUUACUGAAAGUGAUACUAUGGAAUCAAAUCAAAGUCGUGUGGCCCCAAUGAAAGCCAUUGUCUUCUCCCAGUGGACUGGCAUGCUGGAUUUGCUGGAGCUUUCACUGAAUAGCAAUCUUAUACAAUACAGGAGACUAGAUGGAACGAUGUCCCUCAAUUUAAGAGAUAAAGCAGUGAAGGAUUUUAACACUGACCCAGAGAUUAGAGUUAUGAUUAUGUCACUAAAAGCAGGUAAUCUUGGUCUAAACAUGGUUGCUGCUUGCCAUGUAAUUCUCCUUGAUCUCUGGUGGAACCCUUAUGCUGAGGACCAGGCAAUUGAUAGAGCACACAGGAUUGGGCAGACUCGUCCUGUUACUGUAUCUCGCUUGACCGUUAAAGAUACAGUGGAAGAUCGUAUUUUAGCUCUGCAGGAGGAGAAGCGAACCAUGGUUAACUCUGCUUUUGGCGAGGACAAAUCCGGUGGCCAUGCCACUCGGCUCACUGUGGAAGACUUGCGGUACCUAUUUCGGAUGUGAUUUUGGGUAAAUCGCUCCACCUGCGGUGAGCUCUGCGAUGGGACGGCCGACGACAUUUUUUGCCUUGUAAUAUUUAUCACCCGGGCCAAAGCGACGCCUGUGUACCUAUGCUGAGUAUCGCCUUCCCGGCCCCUGCCGCAGCUCCGGUUUUGUCAUGCUCUUGCUGAUUGCUACAUGUGUAAUUUAGGGCUAGCUAGCUAGCGCCUGUGUAACGACCACCCCCUGAGCUUGUAGGAGAAUUCUGCUGUGCUCUGCUCA